AUGGGGAUCUCGUCAUUUGCAUCGAUCAUGGCAAAAAGCGCGUGGCCUACGAGUAAGGAAAUCCGAGAUGAAAAAGAGGUCGGUAUGAGCGAAGUGCGAGCGCCAUGGACGGCAAGCUACGCGGAAAUAUAUCCUGUAGUGCAUCACAUCGAGGGUACGGAAGCGAACCAAUAA